AAGUGACUGCUUCCCUUACCGAACAAUAAAAGAGAAAAAACAAUGGUCGGUCUCCAUUAUUUGUUGCUUCAAAGCAAGCAUCCAUCACCAUUUCCUCCGCUCUCUCUUUUCAGAACCAAACAUUCAACACUUAUUGCUCGAUUGGUUAAACUUCAACAUCAACAUGGCGCGGAUAUUACCAUUGAUUUUAAUUCCAAGAAAAAUACCAACCUACCAUCUUCGCCUUCUUGGAUUGUUCAUGCAGUGGAGAAAGAUACAGAGCAGUUUGAAGUAGACCCAGAAAAGGCUAAAGAAGCACUCCGAAAGCUUGACCAGCAGCUGCAAACCCUGUCCAAUAAACAAGUCAGCACUCCUAAGAUCAGAGCUUCAGAUGUAAAGCUUACAAGGGACGAAAUGGUAGAAGAUAGCCCAGAAAUUCCAGGGUCUUCCUUAACAUAUUCAACUGUUGCUCUCCCUACUUUCACAAUCUUCUACAACGUGUUGUUUUACUCGGUGAUAAAACCGUCCAUCGACGGACCGGACUCAGCUCCUCAACCUACCAUCAGCCAGACUGAGUCAGGAGGUGCAGCAGUUUUGCUGUAG